AAAGUUACUUGAAAUGCUUCUAAAAUAGUUUUAAAAUUGUUUAGAAUACCAUAUGAUAUCUUUAAAUGCAAAAUAAGAAUACAAAUUUUGGUAUAUUAAAUUUUGUUUUAAGUUUAAAAUUUAGCUACUGUUUGGUUAACAAAAUAUAAAAAAGAAAUUAAAAGGUUUUAUGCUGGUCAUCUUCUCUGAUGACGACGAAAAAAUAUAUGUUUUCCACAUAUCAAAAUGACUACCUUGAAAAGUAAGUCGUGAUUGUAUCACUUCCGAGGCCAAUCGACAAGUGGAGUGGUUGGAGAUUUUUUUUGAAAUUAGGGAGAAAAUGUAGAAAAAAGCAACCUAAAAAAACUUGGAAAAAACAAACCUACAAAAAACAAAGGUAUGAUUGUAAAUAAAAUAACUUAGGUUAUUAUUGUAAUUAAGAUAAAAAAGAGGUACUAAGUGUAAAUUUUCCAAAAUUAAUAUUUGUCCAGCCGUAGAUAGAUCUAAUUAUAAAUUAAUAAUAAGGAAACUAUUCUAUAAACCGUACCCUCAAAGCUAAUUUUCAUACAUUAUGAACUAGAAGUUAAUCUAGUUGUUUUAAUAUAUUUAUUAUCAUUAUAAAAAAGAAUAGAGAAUUAAUAUUUAUAUAUAUAAAGAAAUCUAUAUAAAAAAAUUAGAAAAGUGAUUAAGCAAUCUGAGUAGAAUUCCACGCAUGUUCCAAACUAAUGUGUAUGUUGGUCUUUUCAGAUGUAAGGUAAAGUCAAACUUUCUUGCAUAUUUAAUGAAAAAGUCAACCUUUUAUUACAGUUGUCAUAAAAUCAUUAGCUGACACUAUUAUGGCUGAUGGCAAUGUGGUAGCUUAGACAGCAAGAAGUCCAACCCUUCCCAAUAACGUAAUUGCCAUAAUGAUUAUUAUACAGUAAUUUACAGCCAAACAAUGAAUCAAAGCUAGCUAGCUAUAUUUGUUCAAAUAUUCUUGUGAAACACUCAUAUUUGGUUACAAGUCUUGUCGAACUAAUUCAAUGUCGGAUCAUUAACGGAAUCUCUUUACAAUCAUUGAUGAGAUCACUUUGUAAAUUAAAUAAAAAUGAACUUAAUUAGUUUGUUCAUGCCGCCGGCUACUUCUAUUUGUUCCAACCAAAGCAAAAUUUUAUCACAACCCUUUAUCAUCAAGAAAACGGCUCAUUCUAUGGCAUUGGAUGACCUUAUAAAUGUCAACAAAAUCAUAUUGCGAACAACCAACAUUCAUUCCUUGCUUAACUAAUCCUCCCUUCACAAACUAAAGCCAUUAUCCUAAAUAAUCACAAUUCUUCUAAGCACUUGUAACGUUACAAUGGCUUUAACUCUCAACUAUUUGAUCAACACAUUAUCAAUAAUUAUCGCCGUCGCAUCAUCUUUGGUCCUGGCCGAACCUCUAUCAGGCCCGGCAAUUUUAUUGAGAGUAGACCAAUCGGGAAAAGGUGACUUCACCAAGAUACAAGACGCUAUCAAUGCAGUUCCAUCCAAUAAUAGCGAGCUUGUGUUUAUUUUGGUCAAGCCUGGAAUAUACAAAGAGAAGGUUAUUGUACCAGCAGACAAGCCCUAUAUAACAAUAAGUGGCACUAAACCUUCUGUAACUAUUAUUACAUGGAAUGAUGGUGGUGAUAUCUUCGACUCUCCAACUUUCAGUGUUUUGGCUUCUGAUUUCGUCGCUCGUUAUCUGACCAUCGAGAACACUUAUGGAUCGAGUGGUAAAGCAGUGGCGUUGAGGGUAUCAGGGGACAAAGCGGCGUUUUAUGGGUGUAGAAUCGUUUCGGUACAAGAUACUCUACUUGCUGAUACUGGUAGACAUUAUUACAGCAACUGUUAUAUCGAAGGAGCUACUGAUUUCAUUUGUGGCAAUGCAGCUUCUCUAUUUGAGAAAUGUCAUAUUCAUUCGUUGGCCGAAGGAACUGGAUCAAUUACGGCACAGCGAAGGGAGUCACCAUCAGAGGAGACGGGAUUCGUUUUCUUGGGGUGCAACAUCUCUGGCGUGAGAACGGCCUUGCUAGGAAGGCCAUGGGGGUCCUACUCCAGGGUCAUCUUUGCUUUCAGUUACAUGUCAAGUGCCAUACUGCCCCAAGGUUGGGAUGACUGGGGAAAUUCAGACACACACAGUACGGUGUAUUAUGGACAAUAUAAAUGUUAUGGACGAGGAGCAGUUAUGAGUAAAAGAGUCCAAUAUGCCCGCAACCUUACGAGCCUCGAAGCUGAACCUUUCUUGACCAAGGACUUCAUUGGCGCCAAAGCUUGGAUUCGCUCUGUUCCCACCAAAUUCACCAGAGCUUUUGACAAAGUUGGUGCAAAAAACUAAGGACGUACGUUGAUCAAUGCACAUCAAUUCUUUAAUUAUUAUUUAUGCCAUUCUAUUUAAAAUAAUCACAAGAUUCUUUUUUUCUUUCAUUGAUGUAAAAGAAUAGAUAAAUACAAAAUGAUUAUUUACGUUAAUUAUCAGAUGUAUAUACAUAUAUAUGUAAAACAUUAUUCUUUUUUAUAUUAUAUAACGUGAUUUUAUUAUUUU